AAGGUACUCGACGAGCUAAGGAGGCUGGUGAAACUAUACAGCAACGAAGAAAUCAGCAUCACGGUGGCCGGUCACAGCCUCGGAGCCGCACUCGCCACCCUGAAUGCGGUGGACAUAGUAACCAACGGCUUCAACCGAUCGUCACUGCUGUCAAUCUCUUCCAGCUGCCCAGUCACAGCCAUGGUGUUCGGCAGCCCACGCAUCGGCGACUCCGCGUUCAAGAAGCACUUCACGCAGUACGAAGACCUACGCGCCUUGCGUGUCCACAACGCGCUCGACAUCGUCCCUAACUACCCGCUGAUUGGUUACGCGGAUGUGGGAGCGGAGCUGGUGAUCGACACCAGAAAGUCCACGUAUCUGAAGCACCCCGGGAACCAGUCGACGUGGCACAACCUGGAGGCUCACCUCCACGGGGUGGCCGGAACUCACGGGUCCAACGGGGCGUUCCAGCUGGCGGUGGAGCGUGACGUGGCGCUGGUCAACAAGUCGUUGGACGCACUGAAGGAUGAGUACUUGGUGCCGGCGGCAUGGCGUGUGUUGAAGAACAACGGGAUGGUUCAGUUGUCGGAUGGGUCGUGGAAGUUGCUGGAUCAUGAACAGGAUAUCGAGACUUGA